UGGUGCUGACAGGCGGGGCGCGGGUAGUCGCAGUGUCUCUUUAAGGCGUGUAAAGGUGGGGCGAGCCCCGGGCGCUCGCCCUGCAAGCUUAUAAAUGUAGUAGCAGCAGCGGGUGAGCAGGCGCAGGAGCAGGGGAAGGGGAAAGGAAAAGAAAAAGGAGCAGCCUGCCCGUGGCCGGGAGAGCCAGCCCUCCGGGACUCCUCGCCUGAGCCGCCCGCCCGCGGGGCCCCGGCUCGGGGCUGCAGCCCGCCCAUGGCAGCGCCGCGGCAGCUCCUGGCGCUCGCUGCCUGGCUCCUCGCCUCGGUCGCGCAGGUUCCUGGUUGGUCCGCUUCUGUCUGGAGACAUCUGAAAUGCACAGCACCAUCUCAGGUUUGUGGAGACCAAAACCAAGGAGCUGUUUUUCUGCGUGAAUUUACAUUGAUUCGGAGAGAGAGCCUCCAUGAUGAUUUUUUGUCUGAUUUGCUGAAUAACCACAAAACAGAAGACCUGAGUUCCAGAACAGCUCGGUCUGAGGAAAACAGAGACAUGCUGUGGGAUGCCUGGGGUUCAUGGAGUGAAUGCUCACGCACUUGUGGAGGAGGAGCUUCCUACUCACUCAGACGCUGCCUGAGCAGCAAGAGCUGUGAAGGACAAAACAUUCGAUACAGAACAUGCAGCAAUGUGAACUGCCCUCCAGAAGCAGGAGAUUUUCGUGCCCAGCAGUGCUCUGCUCAUAAUGAUGUCAAGUACCAGGGACAGUUUUAUGAAUGGCUUCCAAUCUCUAAUGAUCCUGACAACCCAUGUUCACUGAAGUGCCAGGCUAAAGGAACAGCUCUGAUUGUAGAACUGGCGCCAAAGGUUCUCGAUGGAACGCGAUGCUAUACUGAAUCACUGGAUAUGUGCAUUAGCGGCUUGUGUCAAAUUGUUGGCUGUGAUCACCAGUUGGGAAGCACUGUCAAGGAAGAUAACUGUGGGGUCUGCAAUGGUGAUGGGUCCACCUGCCAGUUGGUUCGAGGCCAAUAUAAAUCUCAACUCUCAGCAAAUAAAUUGGAUGACACGGUGAUUGCUGUUCCCUAUGGAAGUAGGCAUGUUCGCCUUGUGCUGAAAGGACCAGGCCACUUAUAUUUGGAAACCAAAACUCUUCAAGGUGUGAAGGGUGAAAACAGCCUCAGCUCCACAGGCUCCUUCUUUGUGGAUAAUUCUAGCAUUGACUUCCAGAAGUUUCCAGACAAGGAGAUACUCAGAAUAUCUGGGCCUCUUGCUGCAGACUUCACAGUCAAGGUUCACUACGGCGGUACUGCUGAUAGUACAGUGCAGUUCAUCUUCUACCAGCCCAUCAUUCACCGAUGGAGGGAAACAGAUUUUUUUCCUUGUUCAGCAUCCUGUGGAGGAGGUUAUCAGCUGACAUCUGCUGAGUGUUUUGAUCUGAGGAGCAAUCUGGUAGUAGCUGAUCAGUACUGUCACUACUACCCUGAAAAUAUCAAGCCAAAGCCAAAACUUCAGGAAUGUAACUUGGACCCUUGUCCAGCCAGUGAUGGAUACAAGCAGAUCAUGCCCUAUGACCUCUACCAUCCCCUUCCUCGGUGGGAAAGUACUCCAUGGACAGCCUGUUCCUCCUCAUGUGGAGGAGGCAUUCAGAGCCGCACAGUCUCUUGUGUGGAGGAAGACAUUCAGGGGCACAUCAGCCCUGUGGAAGAGUGGAAGUGCAUGUACACUCCAAAGAUGCCUGUUGUUCAGCCCUGCAACAUAUUUGACUGUCCAGAGUGGCUGGCUCAAGAAUGGUCUCCGUGCACUGUAACAUGUGGACAGGGGCUUAGAUACCGUGUAGUUCUGUGCAUUGAUCACAGAGGGCUGCACACAGGAGGCUGCAGCCCAAAAUCAAAGCCUCACAUAAAGGAAGAAUGCAUCGUACCCACUCCUUGCUAUAAACCCAAAGAGAAACUUCCUGUAGAAGCAAAGCUGCCAUGGUAUAAACAGGCUCAAGAGUUGGAAGAAGGAGCUGUGGUGUCUGAAGAACCAUCGUAA